AUUAAAGCGGAGCUUGAAAAUGACAUAAUUUCUGUAUUCUUCUUAUUUGUCAUAACGUGAUAUAUGCGUGUUGAUGGCUUAGCCUUUUAUUAAUUUGCAAUUUCUAGCCGUUAAAUAUCUUAUAAAAGGAAAAUCUAGCGGGCGGCUUGGACCCGGCCUACGCUUCUUAUUUUGUCUUCAUAUUGAUGCAACCAUAAAUUUAUAAGCUUGGUCUUCUGCUAAUUAAUGCUGCAACAUUCUAUUUUCUCUAACUGGUGAUGAUGCGGACGGUUGCAUUAAUUGUUCUCUCUAAUUUAGCAUUUGGAUCAGUGUCAGUCCUUGGUGGUGAUAGUUAUAGCAGACAGGAUUUUCCUUCUGGUUUUAUUUUUGGUUCUGGCACUUCUGCUUAUCAGGUGGAAGGAGCAGCUAGCGAGGAUGGCAGAACUCCGAGCGUUUGGGAUACAUUUACUCACCAGGGAUUUGUGAACGGCGACACUGGAGAUGUAGCAGCGGAUGGGUACCAUAAGUACAAGGAAGAUGUUCAACUCAUGGUUCAAACUGGUUUGGAUGCAUAUAGAUUCUCAAUCUCAUGGCCCAGACUCCUCCCCAAUGGAAGAGGAGCUGUCAAUCCAAAGGGUUUACAGUAUUACAACAACCUCAUCAAUGAGCUUAUUAGUCAUGGCAUCCAACCACAUGUCACGCUAUUCCAUUAUGAUCAUCCGCAGGUACUUGAAGAUGAGUAUGGCGGAUGGCUUAGCCGAAAAAUAGUGAAAGAUUUCACAGAUUUUGCAGAUGUUUGUUUCAGAGAGUUUGGGGAUAGGGUCUCAUACUGGACUACUCUGAAUGAGCCUAAUGUGUACAUAAUUGGUGGUUAUGACACGGGAUUAUCUCCUCCCAGGCGUUGUUCUCCUCCAUUUGGAUCCAACUGCACCAAAGGCAACUCCUCAACAGAACCAUACUUGGUUGCUCAUCAUAUCUUGAUGGCGCAUGGCUCAGCUGUGAGACUGUAUAGGGAAAAGUAUCAGGGCAAGCAAGUUGGACAUAUUGGGAUAAAUCUGCUUGUUUUUGGAUAUGUUCCUCUAACAAAUUCACCAGAGGAUGUUGUUGCAACUCAGAGAGCCAAAGACUUCUUUACUGGCUUGUUUAUGAAUCCUCUAUUGUUCGGAGACUAUCCUGACACGGUAAAGAAAAACGCAGGGUUGAGGCUACCAGCUUUCUCCAACUAUGAAUCUGAGCUGGUUAAGGGUUCAUUUGACUUUGUUGGUGUGAAUUACUAUUACACAUUGGCAAUCAAAGACAACUCUGAAGCGUUGAAAACCGAACAUAGAGAUUUUACUGCUGAUAUGGCAAUAGAGUUGUUUCAUCAAAUCUCUGACCACGCUUAUUCUUCCCCUCAGUCAUCCAUGAGGUCUUGGGGUCUGCAAUUAGUGCUCGAAGACUUCAAGCAAGCUUAUGGAAAUCCCCCUAUUUACAUUCAUGAAAAUGGUCAGAGGUCCCCUCGAAAUUCGUCAUUAGAAGACAUUUCUAGGGUGAAAUUUCUCCAUUUAAACAUUUGGAGUCUGCUUGAUGCUGUCAGAAAUGGAUCAAAUGCAAGAGGGUAUUUUACGUGGUCUUUCUUGGAUGUAUUCGAGUUCUUCGAUGGUUACAAGUCAAGCUAUGGCUUGUAUUAUGUGGAUCGAGAUGAUCUUGAAUUAAAGAGAUAUCCUAAGUUCUCUGCACAUUGGUUUUCUCACUUUCUGAAGGGAGGAAAUGUCAGUUCUGAUCAAGUUAUACAACUGGCCACAAGUUCUUCACCUGUUUCUGAUAAGCACUUCUUUCAGUAGAUGAUUUGAAGAUUUAUAGGAGUUUACAGAUUACUCGAGGAUAAUUCGCUAUGGUAGAGCUUAAGUAUGCGAAUUUUCUUACCGCCUUCCGUAAUCCGUCUGUAAAUUCUACAUAAAUGUUCAACGGUCCUACUGAUUACAAUUGAAGAGCUUGGAUCUACAAUAAGAGUUCUAGAGUGUUUUAGACACUCGAGAAAUGUACAUCUUUCCGCAGAUAUUUGAAUUGAUUUUGAUAAUGUUAAUCAUGUUUGUCGAGGAUCGUAAGUAAUACUAUUGCACAAUUACAAUAUAUAAGUUCCAUGCGGAAUAUAUACAUGGAAUAGAAUAGUUAUUUUUAAUCGAUGGAUUAGAAUAACUAUUUUUAAGGAAUAUUAAUUAUUAUUUUGUAUUCUUUUGGAUA